AAGGAAUACCACACAGCGAUAGUAUGGAAUUAGUUAAGAAGUUUCGACAUCAACAAGUAAAGAAUAUUACAAAUGCAAGACAGUCUGUAUGUGGCAGCGGAAAGAAUGGCAUUGUUGAACUUGAAGACGGUACUUCUAUGUGUGCCAGAUACGAAAAGAACCAAUAUCUUAUAUUUGCGGAAGCAUUGGCGUUUUACCUGUCCCGCUUGUUGGGCAUGGACAACGUACCAGAGAUAGUUCUUUCAAAAACUGAUGAAUCCUCGGAUCAGUGGAAAGGUUCGGACUUUCAAAAACUAAAUUGGAAAGAAAAUGUUGAAGUUGCCCUUAUCAAAUGGCUCCAAAACGCAAGUUCUGAAACAUUUAUGCCAAUGGCCAUACAAAAUGCUUACAGAACAGGAAAGCCGGUAAACAGUGACGUCAUUCAUUAUACAGCACCACUAUAUAGCACUCACAGUACUGCAACGGCCGAGCUCAUGCAAUGGGGAACCAUGAUAAUUUUCGACAAUUUGAUUGGUCACUAUGAUAGGUUAAUACUUUAUCAACCAGUUGGAAAACGUAAAAUUAGUAGGCGAAGUAUUACUAGUGGUUUAUACAACAGCUUAAAGUCGCCAAAUGGGAAAAUAUGGCUUAUUGACAAUGAAUCUGCAUUCUUCUAUCAAAACAAAUACAGAGACCCUGCUUACAAUUACAUCCAAUUACUCAACUUUCAUGAUAAAAUGCUGAAAACUAUGUGUAUAUUUCAAUCAUCUCUUGUGGUGGAAUUAAGAAAACUUUCAAACCUCCCUUCGCCUUUUCACCAUCUUUGGAUGUAUGCCAGUACAUUUGAGCCAUUAUUUGUUACUUUCAAGAAAGACUAUCGGUUCAAUGAAUUCGCUAGAUUUUUUAAUAAACGCCUUGAUGACAUCAUUGACUGGAUAGAUCAUUGUAAAGCUUUGAGCUUUGAAAAAUGA